GCAGGACGCUGGAACGGCGUCGCGACGGUAAAGUGAAAAUAUGAAGACGCGCGUUUUAUAAAUAUUUUGACUGCAACGCGAAAUCCGUAAAAUAGUAUCUGCAAUAAUAAGAAAUGAAAGUAAAUCUAGAUGAAAAUGUACUUAAAAAAAACUGAGAAAGAAAAAAAUGCAGAAUCGAAAUAAAUAAAUAAUGUUAGUGAGGUUUUAUACGAGAAAAAAUCGAAACGUAUGAAACUUUUGGUGAUGGAGAGAAUAAAACAAUUUGCCAUCAGCCCUCUUCUUCUGUUAAUAUCAGGAUGCUUCAGCCUUCACAUCUCGAAUAUGACGGCUCCAGUCAUUCAGGAUCCAAGAGAGGAUAUGAUGCUCUCGUGCAGCUUUUACAUAGGACAUGAAGAACUGUACGCAGUGAAGUGGUAUAAGGACGACUAUGAGUUCUUCAGAUACAGUCCCUCGGGAAGGAAAAAAUUACUUGAGUUUGACGUGGAAGGAGUUCAUGUUGAUUUAUAUAGUACGAAGUGUAACAUGUCUUCUUGUUCCUUGGUCUUGAAGAACCUAACGAGGGUGUUCAGCACUGGGUCGUACAGAUGUGAGGUUUCUAUUGAAGCUCCAACUUUUGGGUUGGCCUCAAAAACGUUGAAUGUUACUGUAGCAGUUAUUCCACAGGAUAAGCCUUCAUUGGAUAACUUGAACGAUACAUACUUGGUUGGAGAUUUCCUGGUUGGAAAAUGUUCUACUGAUUUAGGGGACCCAGCACCAAUUAUCACGUGGUAUAUCAAUCAGGAAGAGGUGAAUCCCAGGUUCUAUCGUUCCUCUACACUACACCAGAACAUCGACUACAAAUUGGCGAGAGUCUUAUCACUUUUACGUUAUCCACUACAUAAAAACAUAUUGGGGAAUAACUCAUACACGUAUGUCGAGGUGACAUGCCAGCAGUCUUCAAUUCAUGGUUCACCCCAAAACACCACCAGAGUAAUACGAGUAGUGUCGGAGUUGGAGCUUGUGAACAAUCAUAAAUUUUUCGAUAUUUUCGGAUCUAAGUCUUCGGUCUAUCGUGCUAGUCUCACAACGAUAAUAACGGCAUUGGUGUUCGUGUACAAGUGAUUCGAAAAAGUGAAAAGAGUGGAACCCAACUGGAAUAAGUGAAUUUUGCACCGGCUGAAUUUAAUUCAGAAGAAUGCUUUAUAAUUUACGUGAAAAUUUCGUAAUUGAAACUGGGGUGAAAAUCUGAUAAUUAGAAAACUUUCGCGACGUUUUAAUUCAUUUAUUUAAUGAAUGAGUUUGAGAGAACAGGUGAAGAAGUGAGCUACAAUAUUUUUCCUCGAAUAAGAUGUGUUGACUAGUUGAAGAACUUUCAAUUCUUAGAGACUUUGAUAUAGUGGGCUCUUAUCAUUAUAUUUUUGUUGAUAAUUAUAAUUGCACCUUAUUAAUUGAUAUUUGAAACGAUUCAUGCCUUGAAAUCUACACUCAAUAUAUU